UUUCUGGACGGAGCAGUAAUGGGACGCGCCCCAAACACUUCCUAAUAAACACAGCUCGAUCAUUCAUUACAUUAAAAACGAGCCAAAACAUUCCACCUUUUCAUGUAGUUUGGAUAUAUGGCUUCAACCAUGAUUCCAUACACUGUCAACAUUAAACUGGCCGCACGGACACUGACCGGAACCCUUAAUUUGCAGAACAAGACAGCAGUGGACUGGGGUUGGCAGGGUCUGAUCGCUCAAGGCUGUCACUCUAGCAUCCUCAUCAUUGAUCCAAACACAGCUCAGACCAUUCAGGUCCUGGAGAGACACAAAGCCAAUGUAGUCAAGGUGAAAUGGUCCAGAGAAAACUACCACCACAGUCUGAGCUCACCCUACUCCCUGCGUCUGGCAUCUGCGGAUGCGGCAGGGAAGAUCAUUGUGUGGGAUGUGGUGAGCGGUAUGGCACACUGUGAGAUCCAAGAGCACAGCAAACCCAUUCAGGAUAUGGACUGGUUGUGGGCUCAGGAUGCUUCUCGUGAUCUUCUUCUGGCCGUUCACCCUCCCAACUAUAUUGUUCUGUGGAACGGAGACACGGGCACCAAACUGUGGAAGAAGAGCUACGCUGAGAACAUCCUGUCCUUCUCAUUUGACCCCUUUGAGCCCUCUAAUCUGGCAU